UCUUUUGUUUUCCAUUUUUCAACCUUGAGCGAUUUCUCAACAGCUUCAGCAUUCAGCUUUGAAAUAGUGUGUUGGAUCUUCUUUAGGAACUUUUGGAUAUGGCUUCGUCUACUCUUAUCUGUGACACAGAGCAGUGGAAAGACCUAAAGUCUCAUGUGGAGGAUGUUAAGAAAACCCACCUGCGUGAGUUGAUGAAUGAUGCCAAUAGAUGCAAAUCGAUGUUUACAGAGUUUGAUGGCUUAGUUUUGGACUAUUCAAGGCAGUCUGCAACUCUUGAAACGAUGGAUAAGCUGUUCAAGUUGACACAUGCAUCAGGUCUUAAACAAAAGAUUGAUAGGAUGUUCAAUGGGGAACAUAUUAACAGUACGGAAGGCAGAGCUGUCCUCCAUUUCUCUCUUCGUGCUCCUAGAGAUGCAGUUAUCCAGGCUGAUGGAAAGAAUGUUGUUACUGAUGUUUGGCAAGUUCUCGACAAAAUAAAGGAUUUUUCUGAGAAAAUUCGAAGUGGCUCAUGGGUUGGAGCGACGGGAAAACAAUUAAAGGAUGUGAUUGCUGUUGGCAUUGGUGGUAGUUUUCUUGGUCCUCUGUUUGUACACACUGCACUUCAAACAGAUCAGGAAGCUAUUGGAUUUUCGAAAGGACGUCAGCUACGCUUCCUCGCAAAUGUUGAUCCAGUUGAUGUUGCUAAAAGUAUUGCAGGAUUAAAUCCUGAAACUACACUAGUUGUGGUAGUAUCAAAGACUUUUACGACAGCAGAAACAAUGUUGAAUGCUCGUACAUUGAGGGAAUGGAUUUCAUCUUCCCUGGGGCUUGAUGCUAUUGCCAAGCAUAUGGUUGCUGUUAGCACCAAUCUUAAGCUUGUCAAAGAGUUUGGCAUAGAUCCUAUUAACGCUUUUGCUUUCUGGGACUGGGUUGGUGGCCGUUAUAGUGUUUGCAGUGCUGUUGGAGUAUUGCCCUUGUCUCUUCAAUAUGGCUUCACACUUGUGGAGAAGUUCCUGAAGGGAGCUUCAAGUGUUGAUCAGCAUUUUCAAUCAACUCCCUUUGAGAAAAAUAUUCCUGUGCUUUUAGGAUUAUUGAGCGUAUGGAAUGUCUCGUUCUUAGGAUAUCCUGCAAGAGCCAUCUUACCUUACUCUCAAGCCCUGGAGAAGUUUGCUCCUCAUAUCCAACAGGUGAGCAUGGAAAGUAAUGGUAAGGGAGUAUCGAUAGAUGGUGUACCUCUUCCCUUUGAGGCUGGUGAAAUUGAUUUUGGUGAGCCAGGAACAAAUGGUCAACAUAGUUUCUACCAAUUAAUUCAUCAGGGCCGUGUAAUCCCUUGUGAUUUUAUUGGUGUUGUGAAGAGUCAGCAGCCUGUUUACCUUCAAGGUGAAGUGGUAAGUAACCACGAUGAGCUCAUGUCUAACUUCUUUGCACAACCAGAUGCACUGGCAUACGGAAAGACAGCACAGCAGUUGCAGCAAGAGAAUGUCCCUCAGCAUCUUAUUCCUCACAAGACUUUUUCUGGCAAUCGGCCUUCUCUCAGCAUUCUUCUUCCAUCACUGACUGCCUACAGUAUCGGACAGCUUUUAGCAAUAUAUGAGAACAGAGUAGCUGUUCAAGGCUUUAUAUGGGAUAUCAACUCUUUUGACCAGUGGGGAGUUGAGUUAGGAAAGUCAUUGGCAUCUCAAGUUAGAAAACAACUGAAUGCUUCUCGUAAGGGAGAACCAGUGAAUGGCUUCAAUUUCAGCACCACGACUCUUCUGAAUCGAUACCUUGAGGCUAGUUCCGAUGUAGGAAAAGAUUCUUCCACGGUUCUUCCUAAUAUAUAAAACAGCUUUUCGGGGUUGAAAGAAAUGCCAGCAAUUUUGCCAAAUAAAUUGAGGUUAUAUUACACUUCCUGAAACUUCAUAUGUCCUGGUUUUACUUAUGGAAAUAAGAUCAACCCCUAAGAAAGUGGCCAUGUUGAGCCUUUGUUGUUUGUUUCAUUAUUUUGCAAUUUUCUUUGAACAUUGAUGUAUUAAUCAACUGAAUCUCUUGAUCUGAAUUCAAUGAAGCAAGGAUGCUUUGGUGUUA